ACUCACAAUGCAAUGUAUUGCUGUAACUACAGAACCCCGAAAGCGGAGCUCUGACCUUGCUGGAUCUGUGGCUCUCUGAAUUACUUGCAGUUCUUCCUUCUCUGCAAAAUCUUUGCUCGGGUGGGUGUUGGGUGAGAUUGAUUGGCUUUUUCGCUGUGGCAAUGGAAGAAUACCCUGAAGAGUUACGCACGCCGCCGGUGACAUUGAUAUCCAUGGUCGGCUGCCCGGAGGUUCACGCCUUAAUCUCAACCCAUCUCCUCUCUGCGAAUCCACCAAUCAACACCCUCGCCUUGCCGGAUUUAUCCAAAAUCUCUCUCUUUUCUAAGAAGCUCGACUCCGACUCCAACACCACCACCUCUCCUCCGUCCUCCGUCCCUGUCAUUCUCAAGCGACAUUGGUUGCUCAAGCACCGGACUAGGCUUCCCUCCCUCCUCGCCGCUCUAUUCCCUGCUCAACACGUGUUUGGUGACCCUGCUCAGUGGCUUCGGGUCUGCUCCGAUCUCGAUUCCAUCAAAACCGUCAUUCGUGCCAGAAACAUCAAAUUGGCUAUUGUAGUUCUUCACUCGGAUGCUCGGGAAGAGAUCAGUGAAGAUCGAAUGAUUGCUCUACGAAAGCGUGCUGAAGUUGAUUCCAGAUAUAUUCUGAUGUUUACUCCAAACGACUCUUCCGAACUCAAAAAUUCUAUCGGCAGGCUGGCAAACACAUUUGCUGAAUUAGCCAGUACAUACUACAGUGACGAAGGGAAAAGAAUUAGGCUGCGAAUAGAAAAGAAGAGCGUUAGCUCUGUUGAGUUAAUCGUCCGUUACUGCUUCAAAGUUGCUGUAUAUGCAGAGUUCCGAAAUGACUGGGUCGAAGCAUUGAGGUUUUAUGAGGAGGCUUAUCAUACACUACGGGAGAUUGUUGGGGUAUCAACUAGAUUGCCAGCAGUACAACGCUUAAUCGAGAUCAAAAUGAUUGCUGAACAAUUGCAUUUCAAGAUAUCAACCUUGUUACUGCAUAGUGGUAAGGUGACAGAAGCAGUUACAUGGUUUCGCCAGCACAAGAAUGCAUACAGAAAGCUAAUUGGGGUUCCAGACGUAAUAUUUCUUCAUUGGGAAUGGAUGAGUAGGCAGUAUUUAGUAUUUGGAGAGCUGUUAGAGACAAGUACAAAAAACCAUCAAAGCAUUUCGCCCGCUCUCCUAGGCUCUUCAGCGAAACCUUUGUCUGAGUGGGAGUGUUAUCCGGCAUAUUACUACCAAUUAGCGGCCCAAUACCUAAGGGAGAAGAGGUCAGCUUUGGAAAUUGCAGCUUCAAUGUCAGAAGCUUCUAGUGAGAUUGACAGUACUUCUGAAUCAGUGGUCCCUUCAGUUUAUGUGGGUCAGUUUUCUAGGUUACUUGAGCAAGGGGAUAAUGCUGAUAUGCUGCCUCUUUCUGAUGAAGAGUACAUGCGCUAUGCUGUUUCAGAAGGAAAAAGGUUUCGGGAUUCAUUUGAGAUUAUUGCUCUUCUUAAAAAAGCUUGUGAAUCUUACAGUAAUCUUAAAGCUCAGAGGAUGGGCUCCUAUUGUGGGUUCCUCAUGGCCAAAGAAUAUUUUGCUGAAGGUGAUAUUAGUAAUGCAAUGCAGAUUUUUAAUAGUAUUGCAACCCUGUACAGAAAAGAAGGGUGGGUAACCUUAUUAUGGAAUGUCUUGGGUUACUUACGAGAGUGCUCAAUCAAAAAUGGCAAUGUUAAGGAAUUUGUGGAGUAUUCCCUUGAACUGGCUGCACUGCCAGUGUCAUUUGGUACAGGCAUCCAGAGGGACCCCGGUCCAGCUGGCCCUGCAAAUCUCCUUCAAAGAGAAAUUAUACAGAAGGAGGUGUUUGAGCUUGUGAAUGAAGGGUCACGGUUGCCAUCAAAUGAACGCUUCAAUAGUCUGAAGAUAACUGGUGAUAAAGUGCUUCAUCUUGAUGUUGAUCUUGUCAGUCCCCUUAGGUUGGUGCUGCUUGCUUCCAUUGCUUUCCAUGAGCAGACGAUCAAGCCUGGGUCAUCAACCUUGAUCACAAUAUCACUUCUUUCCAAGUUGCCCCUUACUGUUGAGAUAGAUCAAUUGGAUAUUCAGUUCAAUCAAUCUAAUUGCAACUUUACCAUUGCAAAUGCUCAAAAACCUCAAUCGAUCAAAUUUAGUGGUGUUCAACAGCGCCGAAUGGAGAUGUCGCCUUCCUUGUCAUUAGCUUCGAACAAAUGGCUAAGGCUGACACAUGACAUCAAACCUGACCAAAGUGGAAAACUUGAAUGCUUGUCUGUUAUUGCGAAGAUUGGGUCACACUUCACAAUAUGCUGUGUAGCUGAAAGCCCAGCUUCUCUGGAUAGUUUGGCUCUCUGCACAUCGGAGGAGAGUACAGAAACUCUUCCAAUAAAAGAUCCUAUCCUCGCAUUCUCUGGUCUAAAGUCAUCCCAGGUUGAAGAACCAGACCCAGAGGUAGAUCUAUGUCUUGGUGCUUCUGGUCCUGCAUUAGUGGGAGAGAUUUUCGUAGUACCUGUGACUGUCAUCUCCUUGGGACAUGAUGUCUACUCUGGUGAGUUGAAGAUCAAUCUUGUGGAUGUGAGGGGAGGUGGCUUGUUUAGUCCAAGAGAAUCUGAACCGUAUUCUAUGGAGACUCAUCACGUUGAGCUGCUUGGCAUAACUGGACAAGAAGGGGAGAAUGAAUUUCAGUUGGGCUCUGACCAGAUAAAGAAAAUACAACAAUCAUUUGGAUUAAUUUCUGUCCCCCACCUCAAAAGUGGAGACUCCUGGAUGUGCAAAUUAGAAAUCAAGUGGCACAGGCCUAAACCUAUCAUGCUUUAUGCAUCUUUGAGCUAUACGCCACAUAGUGAUGAAUUACAUUCGCAAAAGGUUCACGUCCAAAAGAAUUUCCAAAUUGAAGGAAACGCUGCUCUUGUUCUUAGCCAUCGUUAUUUGAUGCCAUUCAGAAGGGACCCCUUGUUACUCUCAAGGAACAAGCAAGGUUUAGAGUCUGAUCCGUCAGAAUCACUACCUGUGAACGAGAAAACUGUGCUCAUUGUUGGUGCGAAGAAUUGCACGGAGGUGCCAAUACGGUUACAGUCCAUUUCUAUAGAAGCAGAAGAUGAUGCUCUUGAAAGCAAAGGCUCUGUUCCAGAUGGAAAUUCAGAACUUUCAGACUCCUCUCUUCUUGUUCCUGGGGAGGAGUUCAAGAAGGUAUUCACAGUCACUUCCAACAUGAAUAUCUCAAAGAUUAGACCUGGAAAUGUGUGUUUGAGAUGGAGGAGAGACUUGGGUCUCAAGGAGCAAUCUAUGUCUAUGCAGACCGUGACCUGGGCUGUGACUAAAGAAAAGCUGUCGGAUAUAAUUGUGGAGUUACCGCCAUUGGUUGUGAGUUUGGAGUGCCCUCCGUAUGCCGUCCUGGGAGAUCCCUUCACUUACCAUGUUAAAAUAUUAAACCAGACGCAGUUACUGCAAGAAAUCAAGUACUCACUGGGGGAUGCACAAAAUUUUGUGUUAUCUGGGUCUCACAAUGACACUAUAUAUGUUCUACCCAAAUCGGAGCACAUUCUCAGUUAUAAACUGGUGCCGCUUGCCUGCGGUAGUCUACAGCUACCUAAAAUUUCAUUGGCUUCAGUGAGAUAUUCAGGAGCAUUUCAGCCUGAAAAUUCUUCGAGUUCUGUUUUUGUAUUUCCCUCUAAGCCUUACUUCAGUACUUGUGCCUCAACCAGCAAGGGGUUAGAACUAGAGUCAGCUAAAGAUGGGUAAAUUCCUGUAGAUAUAAGGACAAUUUCUCUGCAAGGCAAUGCCCUUCACCUUCAAUGAUUGUAGAUUAAUGCGCUAGAGCAAUCUCAUUUUAAACGAAAUUAGUCAGGAAAAAAAACUGUCAUUAUUUCCAAGAGCGUUUGCUUCUUAUGUGUGGGUUGGGCCUCGGAACAGUUUGAAGGCAGCCCAUGAGGCGUGGUAGAAAGAAGAUUCGAAGCAUCUAUCUGAGAAAGGUUUCCGAGAUAGCCCUGGGCAGUCAUCAAUACGCUUAUACCGACUCUAGCGCCAGUGGGGAAUAUUUGUAGGGCGUUGAAAUGGGUUGUCUGGAGUAGAUAAGAAUGGGAAUGGGAGGGAUGAUCUUGGACUUGCAGUCGUUGUAAAAUUUCAUACAAGUUACAAUGUUGAGAUGCGAUAUUCCAAUUCUCUGCGGAAUUCAUCUGGCCGAUGGAAACGAAGCGGUUUCCUUGGGCAUGAUCUCAAGCUAUAUUUGGGUCAAGGGUGUUGGCGGCUGGAAAUUGCCGACUGGGAAACCGUUCCUUGUUGAUCGUUCCAUAUUUGGUUGGAUCAAUAUCACGAGGUUUCUGAUUCUCUUUC